GCUGUUGAUGCUGUUUCCUUGUUCAAUCGAUUGCUCCAAACGAAACCCACCCCACCCGCCAUUGAAUUUGGCAAGAUUUUAGGUUCUCUUGUCAAAGCCAAACAUUAUUCCACUGUUGUUUCCCUUUCUCAAAAGAUGGAAUUGAGUAGAGUUACUCCUGAUUUUGUAACUCACAACAUCAUCAUCAAUUCUCUCUCUCAAUUAGGUCAUAUUACUUUUGCUUUUUCUGUUUUGGGGAAGAUUCUCAAGAGGGGUUAUCUCCCAGAUGUUAUAACCUUGACUGCAUUCAUCAAGGGUUUCUGUCUCAAAGGUGAACUUCAUAAAGCAUUGCAAUUUCAUGACAAGGUGGUAGCUCACGGAUUUCAUUUCGACCAAGUUAGCUAUGGGACAUUGAUCAAUGGUUUAUGUAAACUUGGAGAAACAACUGCAGCACUACAGUUGCUCAGACGAGUUGAUGGAAAGUUGGGUCAACCUGAUGUGGUAAUGUACACUACGAUUAUUGACAGCAUGUGCAAAGAUAAACUUGUUAACAAUGCAUGUGAUUUAUAUUCUGAAAUGGUUGCUAAGAGAAUUUCUCCUAAUGUUUUCACUUUUAGUAUAUUGGUUGAUGCUUUUUUUAAGGAAGGAAAGGUGAAAGAAGCACAAAAUGUGUUAGCUAUGAUGAUUAAAAAAGACAUUAAACUUAAUGUUGUUACGUAUAACUCUUUAAUGAAUGCAUAUUGUCAUGCAAAUGAAGUGAGCAAGGCCAAUGAUAUAUUCAACAUUAUGUCCAAAAGGGGAGUGAUUGCUAAUGUUUGGAGCUACAAUACCAUGAUCGUUGGAUUUUGUAAGGUUAAAAUGGUGGAUGAAGCUAUUAAUCUCUUCAAAGAAAUGCAUUGCAGAACAAUCAUACCAGAUACCAUAACUUACACAUCCCUUAUUGAUGGUUUGUGCAAAUCGAGGAAAAUCUCACAUGCUUGGGAGAUUGUCAACGAGAUGCAUGAUAGAGGUCAACCCCCGGAUAUAAUUACUUAUAAUUGUUUAUUAGAUGCUUUGUGCAAAAAUCAUGAUGUUGAUAAGGCAAUUGCUUUAUUUAAAGAAUUUAAAGACAAAAGUGUGUGCACAUACACUAUUCUUAUCGAUGGAUUGUGUAAAGGUGGAAGACUAAAGGACGCGCAAAAGGUUUUUGAAGAACUUUUGGUCAAGGGUUACAAUCUUGAUGUCUAUAUAUAUACUGUUAUGAUCCAAGGAUUUUGUAACAAUGGCUUGUUUGAUGAAGCGUUGACUAUGCUGUCAAAAAUGAUAGACAAUGGUUGCAGUCCGGAUGCUCGUACUUAUGAAAUCAUUAUUCUUUCCCUAUUUGAAAAUGAUGAAAAUGAUAAAGCUGAGAAACUUCUUCUUGAAAUGAUUAUGAGAGGUCUACUAUGAGACUAAUAAUAGAGCGAACCAAAUCAGCACAAGCUGAUAAACAUUUUCUAGGAUUGCUCUAAUUGGUUGAGGAAGUGCAUCAAAACUUGUUACUUACUGUGAUGAUAUACAUUGCCAGUAUGUCAUCUUACUUACACUUCUUGAAUAUGAUUUGGUGAAAUCAUAUUCUAAUAAAAAUUUCAUGAAUGGUUCUAAUAUUGUAAGCUGUCAUUGAGAACCAUAAUUUAGAGGGGUAUUAGGGGAAACUUAUGGUUCUUAUGAGUUAGAUAUUGACAAAGGUAGACCAUAUUUGUUUAUGAUUUUUCGAUAUGUAUGAAUGUCAAAUACUUGUUUAGCCCAUCAUAUUAAGAAUGCAUAAGUUCUAC